AUGAUGCAUUUUAAAAAUAUACUUAUUUUCUCUAUAAUUAUUAUUCUUUCACAAUUCUUGGCUAAGGCAGAUAAGUUAGAAGAACUUAUUAAAUUUUGUGAUGACAAUUUUAAUGGUCUUGUAAUAUUUAAUUAUACUGGAUAUCAAUAUUAUGUCUUAAAUGACUCAAGACCAUAUGAUUUAAUUAUAUUAUAUACAGGUACUUCUAAAUCCUGUCAGGGUUGUAUUCCAUCUACUACGAAUUAUGAAAAAGUUGCAAGGAAUUACUACAACCAUGAAUUUAAAAAUAAUCCUAAGGCAAUUUUUGCUAUAGUCUAUGUUGAUAGAGUAGAAAAUAUUAUGGCUAUUCAUGAAUUAAGGAAUUUGCCUGCAAUAAUAUAUAUAGAGUCAACUAAGAAAUUUACAUCUAAUUCUUUAACUUUUAGAAGAGAUAAUCAAUGGAGAAUACCAGAACAAAAAGAUAUUUCCACUAAUGCAAUGCUUGGAUUUAUUAAUAAAAAGACAGGAAUGAAUAUUACAAUAUAUAUAUCAUCUAAAGAAAAAAUAUCUAGACUUAUAUCUUUAUUUAUAGGUUUAAUAUUAAUUAUUGUAAUAUUUUGGCAACUUGUUCUUCUAAUAAGAAAGAAACCAUUUAUUAUUAUGAUUAUUACUGUUAUUAUUUGUUCAAUAUCAAUGUCUGGUAUGGUAUAUAGUAUCCAACAUGGUAGAAAACAAGCUAAUGAAUUUUUUGUAAGAAAUCCAAGAAUACAAAAUAUGACUGAGGGUAUUUUAGCAUCUAUUUUAAUGACAAGUGCAUCUCUUAUACUCUUUUUAAUCCCAUUUCUCUUUAGUAAUAAACUCAAUUUUAAAUUCUUCAGAAUACCACGUUGGCUAUCUCCAUUAUUUAUUGCAGCACUUGUCUCCACAUUAAUAUCUAUACAUUAUGCAUAUACAACUAAAGUAGGGUGGUACUCACCAACAUUUUAUCCACCAGAAGGUUACCUAAAGGGUCCUCUCAUAGUUGAUAGAGGGAACUCAUUCUAGUAAAUUUAGUUCUAAGGAAAUAUUAACAUUUUAAUUAAGGACAAUUUAUAAAUGAAAUUUAUAACUCUAAUUAUCUAACAUCUUGUGGCGUUUAGUAACGCCUAUCUAAGACUUUCUAAUAUAAUAGCCUGAUUACUACAUUGUACUUAUACAAUGGCAAGAUUAAUCAGCUCCAUAUUCCCAACAGUCUCAUAAGAUUAUUACGAGCACCAUCUUUGUUCAUGUUUUUUCUUAUUUCUUCGUGACAGAACUAACAUAAUAUUAUGACAGUUUAACCACCAAAACCAUAUAAUGUUUUCCCCUGUCUCUUUAGGGCAUGAACUACAUCCAUAGCUGUAACAGUCUUACGCCUAGCAUACUCGGUAUAAGUAACGGCAUCCUUUAUAACACAUUCAAGGAACGUCUUUA